UCUAGAAUACUGGACGAAGAAGAUGAAGGCUAUAGUGAGACAUUUUCUAAAGCAGAUAAUCGACCACUAUUAAAUAGUGAAAAUAUUAAAGAUAUUGUAUAUCGGCUUUUUUCACAAUUUUCUCCGGCUAUCGGUCAAUUAUUAGUCAAGGAAAUAUUCUAUCCAUCAUUUGAACAUUGCUCUAAAGAGAUUUCAAGAGACAACACUUUACUGGCUAAUAAAGAUCUUAAAACUAUUUUACCAUUAAUAUCUUCAAAUAAUGUUCAACGUUUCUCUUGGGAAAACAGAGGCGUUGGAUGUUUAGACAAAGAAUUGCCGUAUUUGAGUGAAGUUGGUCCGAUUUCUGCUGAAGCUGUAUUGGUAUUUAGCAAGUUCAGAUCUGAUUUCCUCGCUGGCAAUAUUGGAAGUAUUACAGGAAACGUUAAUAACACUAAUAAUAGUACGCUGAAAUCAGUUUCAGCAUACAACAAUGACUUUCUUCGUCAUCUUUUAUUUCUGAGAAUGGGUACUCAAUCGGAAAGAUUUCAUUAUUUUUCUGAUUUCAUACCAGGUACUACUGAUCAGAUCAGUGAUCAGAUGCCAUACUAUUCUCAUCCGUUAACUGGUCACUUUGCAUGGAUACCAAAUGAUCAAGAUUCACUUAAUAUAGGCGUUUCAUCUCAAUGUCUAUCACACUUUGUCGACAGUCAUCUUAAAGCUGGAACGGUCUACAAAAAACUCUGUUGCUUUGCUUAUCAUGUUGUUUCACUCUUUCCGACAUCUGUUCAUGAUAAUACUAUUUGGUUGGGAAAAAUUUGGGCAUGCUUUAUUCAAGGAUUGAGAACAUGGUUAGGUGUAUACGAGAAGUCAUUGUAUUCAAUUCUGUCAAAAUUGUCAGACAGCAAUGACUAUGGACUCCUUUGGAUUACCAACCGCUUAUCCUGUCUUUCUAAGCAGAUAAAGUUUGUUGGUGAAUUAUGCAUGCUCAACGCCGAGCAGUCAAAUGCAUCGUCAUCAUCAUCAGUAUCAUCGUAUCCUCUGUUAAAACUUAAUGGAAUAGGAUUAUUAGCAUAUUUAAUGUCAAAAGCUGACCGGUGUAUGUGUCAUUCAUCUGAAAGGACAGCAAGAUUUCUUUUCAAAGAGGCUGCUAAACCAUUCGUCAGG